AUGACGCCGGACCAUCAGCAUCACGUCCUCGCUUUAUUUCUGCCACAACGCUCUAGGCUCUCACCGGCGCAAUCUGAAAAAGUACUCAUUACCUCCAACCGUAUGUCAAUGGCAAUCAAAAAUGUCGCCUUAAUUGGCGGUACCGGAACGCUGGGCGCUCCCGUCCUCAAAGCCCUAAAGGCAUCUGAAUUCAACAUCUCGGUCCUCAAUCGCCAGAGCUCGAAAUCCGUGUACCCCAAGACCAAAGUAAUCACCAUUCCUGAUGAUUUGAACGUCGAUGAAGUGGCCAAGGCCUUGAAAGAAAACGCAAUCGAUGCCCUCAUCAUCACCAUUGCAGGUAGUCACGUGGAGUCGCAAAAGAAGCUCAUCGAUGCCGCAUUCAAAGCCGGUGUCAAGCGCGUCAUGCCUGCAGAGUUUGGCAGUUGCGACUCUGCAGACGACAAGACCAAUGAGAUUCUACCACUCAUGAAGGGCAAGAAGGAUGUACGAGAUUACCUCGUCACACUAGAAAGCAAGAAGCGCGACGACGGAUCAAGCCUGACGUGGACGAGUCUCGUCACCGGCCACUUCUUCGACUACGGCCUAACAUGCGGGCUACUAAAGUUUGACCUCAAGGCACGAAAAGCAUACAUCCUCGACGGCGGCAACAUCAAAUUCUCCGCCUCGAAUCUCGCCUUCAUCGGCAAGGCUGUGCUCAAGAUCCUGCAAAAGCCAGAUGAGACGGCAAACAAGCUCCUGUACGUUCACAGCAACUACGUAACCCAGCUCGAGCUCCUGGCCGCGCUAGAGACCGCCACAGGCGAGCAAUUCGAGAGAAUCGAGCAGAGCAGCGAGGAAGAAUUGAACGUUUCAAGGCCCAAGAUGCUCGCCGGUGAUGGGGAAGCGAGAGAAGAGGUUGUUGCAGUUUGGGGCGUCGUUGCCUCGGACUGGAAGGAUAAAAAAGGAUUUGCAAAUUCCCUGCUCGGCUUGCAAGAAGACGAUCUCCAUGAGACUGUUGCUAGAGUUGUUACAGAGAUCCAAUCAAACUCUUGA